AUGACCUCUCUAGAUUUCAGCGCCUUACAUGACGUCUCCACGGUUUUUUCUAUUGCAAACCAAGCUUUGAAACUGACUAGUGCUGAAGACAUCGAGCCAAUCUUAGAAAACCUGGCUAAAGUCACCAAAGUCACCAAGCUAGACUUUUCCGGUAACACCAUUGGUAUUGAAGCAUCUAGAGCUCUUUCCAAGUUUAUCAGUGACAAUGCCAGCGUGAAAGACCACCUGCUCGAAAUCAAUUUUGCUGAUUUGUACACGUCUCGCCUGGUCGACGAAGUUGUUGAGUCUUUAACUAUUUUCGUUCCCGUGUGGCUCCAAUGUCCUAAAUUGUCCAUUGUUAACUUAUCAGAUAAUGCUUUUGGUCUCAGAACCAUAGAUUCGCUAGAAUCGUACAUUUCUCAGGCGGCGCAGUUACAGCAUCUGAUUUUGUCUAACAAUGGCAUGGGUCCAUUUGCCGGAGAGAGAAUCGGAAAGGCUUUAUACAAGCUGGCCCAACUUAAAAAAUCUCAAGGCAAGUCAAUGUUGGAAACCUUUAUUUGCGGUCGGAACCGGCUGGAAAACGGAUCUGCAACUCAUUUGGCUUUGGGUUUGAAAGCCCAUGGUUCUGGUUUGAAAACGGUAAGACUUUACCAAAAUGGUAUCAGACCCCAAGGUGUUGCUGUUUUGAUUAAAUAUGGUCUCUACUACAAUACCAACUUACAGGUGUUGGAUUUACAGGAUAACACCUUCACUACUAGUGCGUCAUUGAUAUUAGCCGAGAUAUUGCCAGUAUGGCGUGAAUCGUUGGUCGAGCUAAAUGUUAACGAUUGUUUGCUAAAGGGCCCCGGUUCAGACGCUGUCAUCAAAGUCUUGACCCAAUACAAAUUCAAUAAUUUACACAGGCUAAAAUUGCAAUACAAUGAAUUGACCCAGGAAACUUUUGAAUCAAGCUUGUUGCCAGCUCUACAAUCUGAAAAUCUACCCGCCUUGAAGUUUUUGGAACUGAACGGUAACAGAUUGGAGGAGGACUCUGACGCAUUAAACGAACUAGAGGAAUCGUUCGAUGGUGAAGUAGAUGAAUUAGAUGACCUUGAAGAAAUCGAGAGCGACGAGGAAGAGGAAGAGGAAGAAGAAGACGGUGAAGGCACGAACGAAGAACUAAUGUCUGCCGCAGAAAUCGAAGCGAUCGAGAAGACUUUAACUGAACUUCAAGUCGAAGAUCUGACAAAUGACCUUGCAAAGGCUUCAAUCUGA